GUAUGUGAAGCAAUAAGAUAUGCUAGCCGUACACCAGAACAAAUCCAAGCAAGGCGAGAACGUGUUAGAGCACGUCGGCAAAAUUUAACACCUGCUGAGAGGGAAAAGAUUAAUGCACAAAGAAGAGAGAAAAGACAACGAAUGGCACUUGAUGAGAGGAAUGCAAGCCAACGAGCACGUAGGCAAAGUUUGACAAUAGAUGAGAGGCAAGAAAUAAAUGCACGCCGGCGAGCACGUAGGCAAAGCCUACCACCUGAAGAGCGGCAAGCACUCCUAGCUCAACGUAAUGCAAGCUACGCAUCUAAACGAGAUGCCCUCUGCAGGGAUUCUGUUGCACUACAGUGCCCUACAGGUUCAUUGAUGGGACAUCCAUCAUCAAGUUCUUAUGUCUUUAGCCACCCAGGAGAUGAUGAUACUAUCCAGCACAUGGAACUCACAUCAGUGCAAUGUCCAACAUCUACUUCAGUGGACAAUCCAUCAUCACCCCAUGAUGGUUUCGUAUAUUCAGAUUCCCCAAUAGAAAGCUUUGUCGCCGAUGAUGAUGAUUCUCACAUGUCUGAAGAACAAGACGAUGAGUACUUCGCAUUUGCUGGGAGAGGUGACGAUGAAGACUUGGUAGAUGCCUUUACAACAGACACCAUUGUCCCUGACCUAUAUGAUCGUGUCUACCACAAUAUACCAGUAAGUACUCACAUGUUGACACCAAAACCUGAUUGCAAUCACUGUGGUGCAAAGAGGUUCCAGUAUGAAACAAGUGGAUUUUGUUGUCGGUCCAGAAAGAUUAACCUAGCACACUCAGAACCUCCCUUGGAACUUCAAAUGUUAUACACAAGUUCAGAUCCCAAUGCCGUGCAUUUUAGGGAGAACAUUCGGUACUUUAAUGGACACUUCUCAUUCACCACCCUUGGAGUCAGUCUGGACAAUAAAUACACAAACAUGAGUUCAGGAGUGUAUACGUUCCGAGCUCACGGUCAGAUUUACCACAACGUCUUCUCAUUUGGUCCAACUCAAGAUGGACCUAAGCAUUUGGAGCUCUACUUCUAUGAUGAUGAUCCCAGUUUACAACAUAGGUUUCGGCGCUCCCCAAACCUAGACCGAGAUGUCAUUCGUAAGCUUGUCGACAUCCUCAAGGAUAAUCCUUAUUCUGAGACAUUCAGGAAUCUAGGUGGAGUCGAUGACCUUGAGGAAUACCGUAUUGAACUAAACACCGACAUGAGGUUGGACCAACGGAGAUAUAACUUGCCUAUAUCAUCGGAGGUUGCGGCUAUUUGGGUUGAGGGUAAUGAACUAUGUAAGCACUUUGAUCGUAGCAUAGUACUGUUUGGUAACGACAACAAGAGAUAUAGCAUCCAGCCAUAUUAUGGAUGAUAUGA